UGGUGAAAUCCUCUCAGGUUACACUCCUCCUUCCGUUAACUCUCACUUCUCACAAAACGAAAGUUCACAACUCGCUAGCAAGGAUGGACAGGACGCAUCUGUUGAGUGACCAGGAUGAAGCCCACUGUGGUCCAUCGUGUCCAGCUGGAUCUUAUGCAGAUCCGAACACAACGCCGAAUGCCGGGCCCACGGCUCCUCCUGCAGAUGUGAUGCCCGUCGUUCCUGGAUAUGAGCGUUUGGGGCCUAAUGUUAUUCCACCGGCAGAUUUUGGUGCGGUUCAACCACAAGCCCCGUCCAGAGCUCCAGAGAGACGCUUCGACAUUCCUGCGAUCACUGAAGAACUGGCUCACGAGGCCUUCAUAAAAUACACCAGCAGCAGAUGCUGUUACAGCUCGAAACCAGCCAGAGAGAUGGUGUUCACAGACCUGCAGUCGCUCAACACAUAUCGGUACCGACUGGAGACUUUUACUGAGUCCAGAACAACAGAAUGGGACAGUGAACCAUACAAUGGUCAGGUGGUGGAUGGUCACGGAGUGGCUCCUGCUCCGUGGAGCAUCCCAGUGCCCAUCCCUUCACUUUUCCAAGACUGCAAGAAAUCCAUCCGCGUUCCUCACACAUCCACUGUCAAAGGCUGUCAUUCGUGCCUGAAUCUGGGUAGAUCUGCUUGCAGUAGAUGCGUGAAUUCCGGCAGAACUCGAUGUGGAUCCUGCAGUGGCAUGGGUCGAACUUCCCCCGAGCAGCGCUGUAAUAUGUGUCACGGCUCUGGCAUGAUCAGGUGUCAUUCCUGUGGAGGAGCCGGUUCAAUCACCUGCACAACUUGCAACGGGCAAGGAAAGCUCCUCUGCUUCAUCACACUUCAAAUCACAUGGAAGAACAACAUUUAUUUGGCUGUGAUUGACAAGGGUUCGGGAUUCCCGGUUAAACUUCUUGAUCAAAUUACUGGAGAGAAGCUUCUUACUGAUAUGGCUCCAGCGGUUUAUCCAGUUGUCAGUUUCCCAGACAGCUCCAUAAACGCAACGUCUGACAGUGCUGUGAAGGAACACCUUGCUCAGUUCGCCACCACUUGCCGUAUUCUGCAACAGAGGCAGACCAUUGAGCUAAUUCCCAUCACGCGAGUGCAUUACGUCUGGAAUGAGAAAACCCACAUUUAUUUUGUAUAUGGAACCGAACACAAAGUCUUCACAAAGGACUAUCCUGCCAAAUGCUGCUGUUGCUCCAUCCUUUAGACUGCUGUAUAAUGCCUGUGCUGCCACUGAUUUCUGUUAAACCUAUAUGUUCUUUAUAUUAUUGGUGAAACAUCUUUGGCAUUUUUACAAAGAAACUAUAAGAAAAUUGAAAAAAGAUGGAACGUAGAAUAUCUAGAUGUAGUUAGAGCAUAUAAGGCAUCUGCAUUUCACUUUAUCUGUAUUUCCCAAAAUCAAAUGAAAAAAAAAAAAAAUUACUGUAAACUUUCGGAAUGUAAUAUUUAAAGUACAGAAGCUUGUUUCUACCACGGGAUAAAAAAAUUGUGACGUUUUCGAAUUUGGAAAAAUUUUUCUCGCAAUUUAUAUUUUUAUUGUUUAUAUCUCACAGUUCUGUCCUUUUUUGCAAUU